GUAAAAAUGAAGCGAAGGGCAGAGCCAGAGUUCAGCAGCCCACAAAAGAAGCAGAAGAAGAGGAUAGAAGAUUUGGGAUUAACCCUCAGUUCUACCUCGGAUGAUGAAACUCAACUUAGCCAUCAUAUGACUCAAGAGUCUUCCAGUAGCAGCAGUGGGUCUGAUAGUGAGAGCGAUGAAAAAAGACCAGUCUUCAGCAAUGAGUUCAAGCAAGACUCUCUCGUGGAGGGUACUUCAUCCCGCUACUCUAUGUAUAACAGUGUCUCUCAGAAGCUCAUGGCCAAGAUGGGCUUCCGUGAAGGAGAAGGCCUGGGAAAAUACGGCCAAGGCAGAAAGGAUAUUGUUGAGGCUUCCAAUCAGAAGGGAAGGAGAGGCUUUGGACUGACCCUCAAAGGGUUUGAUGGGGAGCUGAAUAUUGACUGGCAGGAUGAGCCUGAGCCCAGUGCCUAUGAGGAGGUAGACUGGUGUGCAGGAUGCACCACAGAAAUCCCUGAUGCCCAGGAGCUGAAGGAGUGGAUGACUGUGGGGAAGAGGAAGAUGGUGAUUGAAGAUGAAACUGAGUUCUGUGGUGAAGAGAUUUUACGUAAUGUCCUGCAGUGCAAGAGUGUAUUUGAUGAGCUGGAUGGAGAAGAAAUGCGACGAGCCCGGACGAGGUCUAACCCCUAUGAGAUGAUCCGUGGAGUCUUCUUCCUGAACAGAGCUGCAAUGAAGAUGGCAAAUAUGGACCAUGUCUUUGACUACAUGUUUACAAAUCCUAAGGAUUUCGAAGGGAAGCCCUUGAUAAAGGAGCAAGACCGAGAGCUGCUCUACUUCGCUGACGUGUGUGCUGGCCCUGGGGGCUUCUCUGAGUACGUCCUGUGGCGGCGGAAGUGGCACGCGAAAGGAUUUGGCAUGACCUUGAAGGGACCAAAUGACUUUAAACUGGAGGAUUUUUAUUCUGCCUCCAGUGAGCUCUUUGAACCUUACUAUGGAGAGGAGGGGAUUGAUGGAGAUGGAGACGUCACUCGCUCAGAGAACAUCACUGCUUUCCGGAAUUUUGUUCUGGACAAUACUGAUCGGAAGGGAGUGCAUUUCUUAAUGGCUGAUGGGGGCUUCUCUGUGGAAGGCCAGGAGAAUCUGCAAGAAAUCCUAAGCAAACAGCUUAUGCUUUGCCAGUUCCUUACAGCGCUGUCUGUUGUCCGAACAGGAGGACAUUUUGUCUGCAAAACCUUUGACCUGUUUACCCCAUUCAGUGUGGGGCUUGUUUAUCUGCUCUACUGCUGCUUUGAGCGCAUUUGCAUCUUUAAACCUGUGACAAGCCGUCCUGCUAACUCAGAGAGGUAUGUUGUGUGCAAAGGGCUAAAGCCGGGGAUUGAUGACGUGCGGGACUACCUCUUCAUGGUGAACAACAGGCUCAAUCAGCUGCGCAACUCGGACACGGAUGUAAACCUUGUCGUCCCGGUGAAYGUGCUCAAAGGCGACCAGGAUUUCUAUAAUUACAUUGUCCAUUCUAAUGAGAACCACUGCAAAAUCCAGAUCAAGGCACUAGCCAAAAUUCGUGCUUUUGUUCAAGACACGACGCUGGUGGAGCCACGGCAGGCCGAAAUCCGAAAGGAGUGUCUCCAGCUGUGGGGGAUUCCUGAUCAGGCCCGUGUUGCUCCUUCAUCUUCAGAUCCCAAGUCCAAGUUUUUUGAGCUGAUUCAGGGCACAGAUAUUGAUAUCUUCAGUUACAAACCAACUCCUCUUACUUCCAGUACACUGGAAAAGAUCCGCCAAGUGUUAGAUUACCGGUGUAUGGUGUCUGGAGGUGAACAGAAGUUCCUCUUGGGGCUAGGGAAAUCGCAGAUCUACACCUGGGAUGGUCGUCAGUCAAAUCGCUGGACAAAGCUGGACUUGAAAACUGAACUGCCACGAGAUACUCUUCUCUCUGUGGAGAUUGUUCACGAGCUGAAAGGAGAGGGGAAAGCUCAGCGAAAAAUCAGUGCCAUCCACAUCCUGGAUGUCUUGGUGUUAAAUGGCAAUGAUGUUCGAAAUCAGCACUUCAACCACAGGAUCCAGCUUGCUGAGAAGUUUGUCAAAGCUGUUUCUAAACCUAGCCGGCCAGAUAUGAACCCCAUUCGAGUGAAGGAAGUGUACAGGCUGGAGGAGAUGGAGAAGAUUUUUGUGAGGUUAGAGAUGAAAAUCAUCAAGAAUUCUGGGGGAAUACCCCGGCUUUCCUACACGGGCCGAGACGACCGCUACUUUGUGCCCACGGGACUCUACAUUGUACGGACUGUGAAUGAUCCCUGGACAAUGGCAUACAGCAAAAAAACCAUGAGGAAGUUCUUCUUCAACAGGAUAACCAAGACUUCAAUAUACGAUACCCCUUCUGAUUCCAUUGCACCCUUUCAUGUCUGCCAUUACAGCCGUCUCCUCUGGGAGUGGGGGGAAGGUGUCAAAGUGCACGACUCUCAGAAAAGGCAAGAUCCAGAGAAGCUCUCAAAGGAGGAUGUCCUGUCUUUCAUCCAAGCGCACUACCACUGACCCAUGCACUCGGGAGGUGCCAAGGGGAGUGCUGAGCCUUGCUUGGAUUCUUCGGGACUGGCUGGAUUGGGAAGAUUCCACAACUUCUCUCCCUGGUCUKCUCCAGAGCUCAUUUCCUGGAGCUGAUCUAACCAGGGGUGAUAUGCAAAAGCAUAGGACAAGGCUGCAGCCUGGGAUGACAGUGUGUGGCCCAGGUAGUACCUGCUGCGGGAGUACCCAUGGAGAGUCCUGGAGCCAAGGCCUAAUGCCCUUUUGCCCUGACGUGCUGCAUGCAUGAGGCCAAGGGGCUGGCAGCUCUCCUUGUCCCWGUUCAGCUAGAUUUGUGGAGCUCUGUGUGUGCCACAACUCUCUGGAGGUGGCACACGCUUCCUUGGCAGUGUGGGAAGGAGCGGAGGAUGGYGACAGAGCUGGGGAACAGCACAGUCGAGCAACCCCACGUUGUUCCUGUCUGUAGCCUUGGCCUUGUCAAGGGCCUUUGCUACCCAACGGUGGGUAUAACUCAUUAAGGGACUCUAGCUUUUGGACAUGAGUAUUUAUUCUUGCUGGUGUCUCCUGCACUUGUGCUGUCAAGACGCUACGCUGACCACUGGCCAAUCCUAUGUGACGGUAUCCUGGUGAACAAAAGCCAAACCAGAGGGUAAGAGGAGAGUUCCUGGCAUGGUUUUGAUGUGUAGACUACCAGGGUUUUCUCACAUCUCUAGAAGCUGCUGUGACAAGGAUUUCUCCUCUUCGAGUCUAAGACUGACUCUGAGCCACCAGCCUGGUAUUAAUUUAUGAAYGUGUCUAUGCCUCAUGGUAUUUCUGAGACCAAGGUGCUUUGAUUUUUGCUCUUGGUUCUUGGUACUGUUACCCAUUCCUUCAGGGAGGAAAGCAGAGGAAUGAGGGAAGACACRAAGUUUGUGACGCUGGAGGUCUUUGAG